AGGAGAGAACAGACGUGAAUGAAGAAAAGGGAGGAGGCAGGAGGCAGUUAGAAGUCCCAGAAGUGGCGCCCACUGCGCCCCAGCAACGCGGAGGCCCCGGGGAGACUGUUGCCGCCUCGCAGGCAGGAGGUGGCCCUGGGGGAAGCCAGGCAGUACCCUGCCAGCUGAGUCGGCCUCGGUUUCCCCUACUCUCUGGGGUGCUAGUUUGGCCGGAGCUGCUGGUGGAGCCACUGGAAGCCCACACCGCAGGCAGCAGGAGUCUCCCUCAGCACCGGGAUCUAUGUCUAAGUUCUAACUCUUGCUUACAAAGACCACGAUAAUUCCUUCCCCAAAGCCCAGCAGCCCCCCAGCCCCGCGCAGCCCCAGCCUGCCUCCCACCGCCCAGCUGCCCGCAAUGCCCUCCAGCGGCCCCGGGGACACCAGCAGCUCCGCUCCGGAGCGGGAGGAGGACCGCAAGGAGGGAGAGGAGCCGGAGGAGGCUCGUGGCAAGGAGGAGCGGCAGGAGCCCAGCACAACCGCACGGAAGGUGGGGCGGCCUGGGCGGAAGCGCAAGCACCCCCUGGUGGAAAGCAGUGACACGCCGAAGGACUCCGCAGUGACCUCCAAGUCCCCGUCCAUGGCCCAGGACUCAGGCCCCUCAGAGCUGUUACCCAAUGGGGACUUGGAGAAGCGGAGUGAUCCCCAGCCUGAGGAGGGGAGCCCCGCUGGAGGGCAGAAGGGCGGAGCCCCAGCAGAGGGAGAGGGUGCGGCUGAGACCCCGCCCGAAGCCUCCAGAGCUGUGGAGAAUGGCUGCUGCACCCCCAAGGAUGGCCGAGGAGCCCCCGCAGAAGAGAGCAAAGAACAGAAGGAGACCAACAUCGAAUCCAUGAAAAUGGAGGGCUCCCGGGGCCGGCUGCGGGGUGGCUUGGGCUGGGAGUCCAGCCUCCGCCAGCGGCCCAUGCCGCGGCUCACCUUCCAGGCGGGGGACCCCUACUACAUCAGCAAGCGCAAGCGGGACGAGUGGCUGGCACGCUGGAAAAGGGAGGCUGAGAAGAAAGCCAAGGUGAUUGCAGUAAUGAACGCUGUGGAAGAAAACCAGGGGUCUGGCGAGUCUCAGAAGGUGGAGGAGGCCAGCCCUCCUGCGGUGCAGCAGCCCACUGACCCUGCGUCCCCCACUGUGGCCACCACACCUGAGCCUGUGGGAGCCGACGCCGGGGAUAAGAACGCCACCAAAGCGGCCGAUGAUGAGCCAGAGUACGAGGACGGCCGGGGCUUUGGCAUUGGGGAGCUGGUGUGGGGGAAACUUCGGGGCUUCUCCUGGUGGCCAGGCCGCAUUGUGUCUUGGUGGAUGACGGGCCGGAGCCGAGCAGCUGAAGGCACCCGCUGGGUCAUGUGGUUCGGAGACGGCAAGUUCUCGGUGGUGUGUGUUGAGAAGCUGAUGCCCCUGAGCUCGUUCUGCAGUGCUUUCCACCAGGCAACCUACAACAAGCAGCCCAUGUACCGCAAAGCCAUCUACGAGGUCCUGCAGGUGGCCAGUAGCCGUGCGGGGAAGCUGUUCCCAGCGUGCCACGACAGCGAUGAGAGCGACACUGCCAAGGCCGUGGAGGUGCAGAACAAACAGAUGAUCGAAUGGGCUCUCGGAGGGUUCCAGCCCUCCGGCCCCAAGGGCCUGGAGCCACCCGAAGAGGAGAAGAACCCCUACAAAGAAGUUUACACAGACAUGUGGGUCGAGCCUGAGGCAGCUGCCUAUGCACCACCCCCACCAGCCAAAAAGCCCCGAAAGAGCACAACUGAGAAGCCCAAGGUCAAGGAGAUCAUUGACGAACGCACAAGAGAGCGGCUGGUGUACGAGGUGCGGCAGAAGUGCCGGAACAUCGAGGACAUUUGCAUCUCUUGUGGGAGCCUCAAUGUCACCCUGGAACACCCUCUCUUCGUUGGAGGAAUGUGCCAAAACUGUAAGAACUGCUUUCUGGAGUGCGCCUACCAGUACGAUGACGACGGCUAUCAGUCCUACUGCACCAUCUGUUGUGGGGGACGCGAGGUGCUCAUGUGUGGGAACAACAACUGUUGCAGGUGCUUUUGUGUGGAGUGUGUGGAUCUGUUGGUGGGGCCAGGGGCCGCCCAGGCGGCCAUCAAGGAGGACCCCUGGAACUGCUACAUGUGCGGGCACAAGGGCACCUACGGGCUGCUGCGGCGGCGGGACGACUGGCCCUCGCGGCUGCAGAUGUUCUUUGCCAAUAACCACGACCAGGAGUUUGACCCUCCGAAGGUUUACCCACCUGUCCCAGCCGAGAAGAGGAAGCCCAUCCGGGUGCUGUCUCUAUUCGACGGAAUUGCUACAGGGCUUCUGGUGCUGAAGGACUUGGGCAUUCAGGUGGACCGCUACAUCGCUUCCGAGGUGUGUGAGGACUCCAUCACAGUGGGCAUGGUGCGGCACCAGGGGAAGAUCAUGUACGUCGGGGACGUCCGCAGCGUCACACAGAAGCAUAUCCAGGAAUGGGGCCCGUUCGAUCUGGUGAUUGGGGGCAGUCCUUGCAAUGAUCUCUCCAUCGUCAACCCUGCCCGUAAAGGACUCUACGAGGGCACUGGCCGGCUCUUCUUUGAGUUCUACCGCCUCCUGCAUGAUGCGCGGCCCAAGGAGGGAGAUGAUCGCCCCUUCUUCUGGCUCUUUGAGAAUGUGGUGGCCAUGGGCGUUAGUGACAAGAGGGACAUCUCGCGAUUUCUCGAGUCCAACCCUGUGAUGAUUGAUGCCAAAGAAGUGUCAGCUGCACACAGGGCCCGCUACUUCUGGGGGAACCUUCCUGGUAUGAACAGGCCGUUGGCAUCCACUGUGAAUGAUAAGCUGGAGCUGCAGGAGUGUCUGGAGCACGGCAGAAUAGCCAAGUUCAGCAAAGUGAGGACCAUUACUACUAGGUCAAACUCCAUAAAGCAGGGCAAAGACCAGCAUUUCCCCGUCUUCAUGAACGAGAAAGAGGACAUCUUAUGGUGCACUGAAAUGGAAAGGGUGUUUGGCUUCCCUGUCCACUAUACCGACGUCUCCAACAUGAGCCGCUUGGCGAGGCAGAGACUGCUGGGCCGGUCAUGGAGUGUGCCCGUCAUCCGCCACCUCUUCGCUCCGCUGAAGGAAUAUUUUGCUUGUGUGUAAGGGACAUGAGGGCAAACCGAGGUAGUGACACAAAGUUAAACAAACAAACAAAAAACAAAACACAACAAAACACCAACAACAUGAGGAUGGAGAGAAGUAUCAGCACCCAGAAGAGAAAAA